AUGUCUGGUUCUCUUCACCGAACUGCCCGGAUUAUUUCCGUCAUUGCGGGGACGCUGGUCGCCCUCUCAUGCGGAACUAACUAUGCAUACUCCGCGUGGGCGCCGCAAUUCGCACAACGGAUGAAGCUCUCUUCGACAGAGAGCAACUUUAUUGGUGUCGCGGGGAACCUGGGGAUGUAUGCUAUGGGAAUUCCAAUGGGAUUAUUGACAGAUGCCCGCGGUCCUCGGCUUGUCGCGCUCAUCGGCUCUAUUUGCCUGGGCCUGGGUUACUUCCCAAUCUAUAUGGCAUAUGAUAAUGGCCAAGGAUCGAUGCCGGUUGUUUUCCUAUGUCUCUUCGCUUUCCUUACUGGUAUGGGCGGUUGCUCUGCCUUUGGAGGUUCCAUUAAAACAGCGGCAUCCAACUUCCCCGAACACCGCGGCACGGCAACCGCUUUCCCAAUGGCCGCCUUUGGACUGAGCGCGCUAUUCUGGUCCAAUCUGUCGACUCUCAUUUUCAAGGACGAUACCGGCCAUUUUCUUUUGCUUCUAGCCCUCGGAACCUCGAUUCUGUCCUUUGCCUCGAUUCCGUUCCUUCGUAUCCUCGCCAGCGAGCCAUACUCGUCCGUUCCGCACAACGCUCAUGAAUCCAGCGACCUUCGGCCUGUGCCAGAGGACUCCGUGCUACAGGGCUCUGCCGCUUUCGAGAACGAACAGUACCCCGCGCAUGCGCGGUCGCACUCAGUUGCCUCGAACUCCCAAGGCCGAGCAUUCGCCAAUAACGAUGAGACUGCCACCUUGGUAUCUAAGAACGACCGGCCGCGUCCCUCUUUCGAUACACUUGAUGAUGACUUCCUAGAUGAAGUGGCCAUGGAGGCGCACCAAACUGACAUCAGAGGUCUCGCCAUGCUCCGCAAAGUCGAGUUCUGGCAACUCUUCUUGACCAUGGCACUCUUGUCCGGUAUCGGCUUGAUGACCAUCAAUAACAUCGGCAACAGCGUGAAGGCCCUGUGGCUAUACUACGACGAUAGUGCAACAGACCUGUUCAUCCAACACCGCCAGGUCAUGCACGUAUCCAUUCUUUCAUUCGGCAAUUUCCUCGGCCGUCUAUUCAGCGGCAUCGGUUCUGACCUUCUGGUUAAGAAGCUCGGCAUGUCCCGCAUCUGGUGUUUAUUCUUGUCAGCGGUAGUCUUCACCCUGACCCAGCUCGCCGGCACGACCAUCUCCAACCCGAACAGCCUGAUCGUUGUCUCCGGCUUCACUGGAAUUGCUUACGGCUUCCUGUUUGGUGUUUUCCCUUCCCUGAACCGCUCACACUUUCGGUAUCGGGGGCCUGUCCCAGAAUUGGGGGUGUUCAGUGGUAACGUUUUCAAUUUGCUAUACGGUAGCAUCUACGAUGGACACUCUGUAGUCGGUCACGAUGGCGACCGCGAGUGCCCCGAUGGACUGGGCUGCUACCGCUCAGCCUAUUUCAUGACUUUUGUUUCCGGCUUGCUUGGUAUUGCUGUUUGUCUGUGGGCCAUUGUCCGCGAGAGGAACAUUAACAAUGUCUUGAGCAAGAAGCUGGACCACAGACUCGCGUAA